UCAUUUCAACCUCUCAAAAGCAACAAAGCUUCUUCUUAUUCUUCUUCUUAUAGUUUUCACUAAAAACGAUGAGCACGAACGUGGAGAGCCUUUGGAUGUUCGCUCUUGCUUCGAAAUGUGAAUCUCUGUCUCUCUUCAACACCUUUGCUUUAGCAUUUGUGGCUCUAUUUUCAUGUUUAAUCGUGGUUUGGUCCCACCCCGGCGGCCCUGCCUGGGGCACCUACAAAUGGCGUAAAUCGAAAUCAAAAUCAGAGCCGAUGAUUCCAGGCCCGAGGGGUCUCCCAAUCAUCGGCAGCAUGGACCUCAUGUCCGGCCUGGCCCACCGCAAAAUCGCGGCCGCGGCCUCAUCCUGCGCCGCGAAGCGCCUCAUGGCGUUCUCCCUGGGCCAAACACGGACCGUGGUGACGUGCAACCCGGAAGUGGCCCGGGAGAUCCUGAACAGCAGCACCUUCUCGGACCGGCCGGCCAACGAGUCGGCCUACCACCUCAUGUUCAACCGCUCCAUCGGCUUCGCCCCCUACGGCGUCUACUGGACGGCGCUCAGGAAGAUGGCGGCGGCGCACCUCUUCUGCCCCAAGCAAAUCCUGGCGUCGGAGGAGCAGCGCCUCCGCAUAGCCAACCAGGUGGCGGCGGCGCUCUCCGCCGACCAGGGCGGCCGCGUGAGGGACGUGCUGAAGCGGGCCUCUCUGAACAACAUGAUGUGCUCGGUGUUCGGGCGGGAAUACGACGUGAGGGGUGUGAGUGCGGAGGCGGCGGAGCUCCAUGAUAUGGUGGAGCAGGGCUACCAUCUGCUGGGCCUCGUCAACUGGUCCGACCACCUCCCCUUCUUAGCUGAUUUCGAUAUACAGAAAAUUCGAUUCACUUGCUCCCGCCUCGUGCCGCGGGUCAACCGCUUCGUCUCCGGGAUCAUCGCCCAGAGGAAGGAGGAAGGCGGCGGCAGAGGCGGCGCUGAUUUUCUGGAUGUGCUGCUGUCGCUGAGGGGGCCUGAUAGGCUGUCGGAUUCAGACAUGAUCGCCGUUCUCUGGGAAAUGAUAUUUAGGGGAACAGACACGGUGGCAGUUCUGAUGGAGUGGAUAUUGGCGAGACUGGUGAAGCACCCUGAUGUCCAAUCGAAGGUCCAUGAGGAGCUAGACAAAGUAGUGGGGAGGUCACGUGCGGUUAACGAAUCGGAUCUAACCGAGCUAGUAUACCUAACGGCGGUGGUCAAGGAGGUCUUGAGGUUGCACCCUCCGGGGCCCCUUCUCUCCUGGUCCCGUCUAUCCAUCAGGGAUUCCCUCGUUGACGGCUAUCACGUGCCUGCCGGGACCACAGCCAUUGUUAAUAUGUGGGCCAUCAUGACGGACCCACAAGUUUGGGAGGACCCUCUAACAUUCAACCCGGACCGCUUUCUUAGUCCCAAUUCAAGCACUGACUUCUCUGUCUUCGGGUCAGACCUUCGAAUAGCGCCCUUCGGGUCGGGUCGGAGGUCUUGUCCCGGCAAGACUCUGGGUAUGACCACUGUUAACUUUUGGGUGGCUACCCUAUUGCAACAAUUUCAGUUUGAGUCUUCUGAUCAAGACGUUGACUUGUCGGAGCGCCUGAAGUUGUCUUGUGAAAUGGCUAAUCCUCUCAUGGUCAAGCUCCAAUCAAGGCGUUGUUUAUCGACUUUUAACUGAUAGCUUCAAUAUAUAAAAAAUAUAUAUCUAUUAGCUUUUAUAAAAUUUGAAGAAAUUUCAUAAUAUAUAUAUUAUGUAUAUUGUUACUGGUUGUGCUUUGUCAAUGUCAAUCUCUAUUGCAAUUUUAA